CUGUUUUCUUCAAACGACCAAAUCGUCCAAGAAGCACUCGAAAUUCAUCAUAGACAAUACGUUUGGUCGCCAUUUUGAGGCAAUUUUGGCGUUAACGACAACCUGUAAAAAGAUUUCACUUAGCACAUUAAAGAUGGCUGCUUCCAUGGACGACUUCAUGUCGGGGCAUGGUAAACCUAAACCAUGCAGAGCGUGUACUGACUUCGAUUCAUACAUUGAUCAAUAUAUGACAGAAAGGAAACUUCCAAAAACGAUGAAAGCAAAACUUAAAAAUGACCUUCAGUGUCCACUGGAUAAAAAUGACCUUGGCCGGAAUACCUGGUCAUUUCUCCAUACAAUGGCAGCAUACUUUCCAGAUAAACCAAGCUCAACACAUCAGUCAGAAAUGAAGCAGUUUAUCAACUUAUUCUCCAAAUUCUACCCGUGUGAUUACUGUGCUGAGGAUCUUAGAGUAGAGUUGAAGACUAACCAGCCAGACACAAAAAGCCAGCAUUCACUUUCCCAAUGGCUGUGUAGGUUACACAACAAUGUUAACGUUAAAAUUGGAAAACCAGAAUUUGACUGUUCCAAAGUUAAUGAACGAUGGCGAGAUGGUUGGAAGGACGGUAGCUGUGGCUGACUUUUAUUGAAAUUGAAAUGUAUAACAUUUUAAUGUGAGGUCAUAUUUGACUGGGAAGACUGUCUUUUGUAUUAACUGUCUAAAUAUUAUAUAUACCACUGAGGAACUGGUAUCUAGGAUUCAUUUGUAAAAGUUUACAGUAAGUGAGGUGAGAAUCAUUCUUUUAAUAUAUUAUAAACAGGUAACUUUAUUUCUGACUUAUCCUUUUAAUUUAUCUUGUCAUUUAUUCAGUUUAAUAUCUUUCAUUAAAGUACAUUGUAUAGUACUACUCUGAAGUUCUAAACUUGCUGGUUCCCUUUGUGAAUCUUCUAAGGUACGAAUGGUUCACCAAUCAGAUCAUGAUGUUAAUAACUUUAUCAUUAUUUAUCUGUCAUAGCAUAUACUUUCAGAUAUGAAAAUUUGUGAUAUAAAUGUGAUAAUGUCAAAGUAUGUGAUUUUAUAUGGAAUACAAUACAUGUAGUAACAUAACGAGUUUAUGAAUUUCUGAUUUUUGGCCCACAAUCAUCAGUUGAUGGGUUGGUCAAAUCGCCCUUCAUCAGUGGUCUGUCCAUCCUUCCUUAAUAGACAAUUUUUGUUAGCGCUAUUUCUCAGAAAGAACUAGAGGGAUCUUUUUACAAAUUUAACAUAAAGGUUCCCAUGGUCCCUAGUUAAUCAUAUCAUAUUUUGGGUUUGAUCGGAAAACUGAGUAGGCCGACAAAUGGAAGAAAGCACUGGAAUGAUCUGUCUAAAAUGUGAUUUGCAGGUUUCCUUUGGUCAACAGAUGUGAUUGUUUACUUUGGGACUGAUUAGAAAAACAAGAUGGCCAACAGAAGGCCAUCUUGGAUUUUGAGAUUUAAUAUUUAGUCUUCCAGGGAUCUUUCUCAAAUUUGAUAUGUAGGUUCCUCUUGGUUGCUUGUUGUUCAUAUUUACUUUUGAGACUGAUCAGAAGAACAAAAUGACAAACAGAAGGCAUUUUGCAUGUUGACAGUUAAGUAUUGAUAUCUGUAUUUUUCAGAAAGUACUUGAGGGAUCUUUCUCAAAUUUUAUAUGUAUUUUUCAUUGGCCCCUUGUUAAAAUACCCCUGUCCCUAAUGAUAAUUUAUCCCUCAUUGACAGCUCUUAUAAUUAUGUAAGAAGUACAAACUUUUAGCUUUUUGCAUAAAGUUAUGUAAUUCAAAUACACUAACAUUUGCCAUAGUGGCAAAUAACAUAUGGCAUUACAAUGUUUAAGUCGAUGUAAAAUCUUCGUGUUUAUGAUUUCCAACACAGGACUGGGUAAUAGUACCUGUAAGGAAAAUGAAAAGAAAAGAAGGUUUGAAAUAGUGCUCUAUUUAAGACGUCCGUUAUCAUCAAUGAUAGUAUACUGUUUAAGACAUUCGAGUAUCAUUAGUACUAGUACGGUCAUCAUGUGAUUUAGUACCGUUAUACUAUUAUAAACUGUUGUUUGUGAUGGUUGUUUUGACCAACAAAAGAGAGAACGAAACACACUUUUGAUUGUUUAUUUGAACAUAUAAUCAUAUGCACAUAAAUACAUGUAUAUAAAUCAGUCAAACGAAUUAUAAAAUUGUACUAUUGACUUUACUUUCUCGAAUGAGAAUCAUUACUGUUGUGUAGUAUGCCCAGUAGUAGUUAUAGACAUCAGAAUCACUACUGUUCUGUAGUAUGCCCAGUAGUAGUUAUAUACAUCAGAAUCAUUACUGUUCUUUAGUAUGCCCAGUAGUAGUUAUAGACAUCGGAAUCAUUACUG